AUGGAUGUCCACGACCACCAGACACUGACGGACGACGCGGUACGCGCUGCAGCAGCGGAGUGCUACGGAGCGGGAAAGCUGACCCCUCAUCAGCCCUACAUCACGAGCGACGCGGUGGAGCUGGUCAGGAUUGGCAAAAGUUUGAAGCUCACCGACGCAACGGAUGUGAUUCUAGAGGCCGGCAAUCAGGAGGCAGAGGCGAUCAUCUGCCACAUUGCGCAGACUGAGGAUGCUGAGGUGGUGGAUUGA